AAGCAUAUAGUAUCAUCUCAGAUUAAUACUACAAAUUAAUUUAUUAGCAUCUAUCUAUAUUAAAAAAUAUAUAUAUAGAAAAUAAAUAAUAAUGUCAAAGAGCAAAGUUCUGGUUGUGGGUGGCACAGGGUACAUUGGCAAGAGAAUUGUCAAGGCUAGUUUGGCUCAAGGUCACCCUACUUAUGUCCUUAUGCGUCGAGAGCUUGGUUAUGAAAUCGAAAAAGUUCAAAUGUUGUUGUCGUUCAAGCAACAAGGAGCUCAGUUGAUUGAGGGUUCGUUUGACGACCAUCAGAGCCUUGUGGAUGCCGUGAAACAAGUUGAUGUCGUGAUAUGCACCAUGUCGGGUGUUCAGUUUCGGUCACAUAAUAUUCUGCUUCAACUUAAACUAGUUGAUGCCAUCAAAGAAGCCGGUAACAUCAAGCGGUUCUUGCCUUCAGAGUUUGGGAUCGACCCUUCAAGAAUGGGACACACACUUAUUGACUAUGGAAACGAAACAUUCACCGAUAAAAUGGUGGUACGAAAAGCCAUUGAAGAUGCUAAAAUCCCACACACAUACAUAUCCGCAAAUUGUUUAGCGGGCUACUUUGUUGGCAACCUUUCCCAACUCAAUAAUUCCCUCCUACCCCCAAAACACCGAGUAUCCAUCUAUGGUGAUGGGAAUUGUAAAGCUGUCUUCUUGGAUGAAGACGAUGUGGCUACAUACACAAUUAUGACGAUAGAUGAUCCUCGUAUGUUAAACAAGACAUUAUAUCUUCGACCACGCAAGAACAUUCUCACUCACAACCAAUUGGUUGAGAAAUGGGAGAAGCUUUCAGAUCAGAAACUCGAAAAACUACACAUCUCCGCACAAGACUUUCUUGCUUCCAUGAAAGGUGUGGAUGACUCCGCUUUUCAAGCAGCAUUAGCACGAAUCUAUCAUAUAUACUACGAAGGCUGUUUGAUGAACUUCGAAAUCACGGAAGGGGGAGAAGAAGCAACUAUGCUCUAUCCCCAAGUUCGAUACACUCUUAUGGAUGAAUAUUUACAACGAUACCUAUAAUUGAAAGCCGAAAAUAAUAUUCUUACCAAAAUCAGUGAUCUAUCAAUAGUCACUGCGUCGUACUAUACUGUCCGGGGAAAUUUGUAACAUCUAUUUAGAGUAUAGUUAAUAUGCAUGGUCUCUUAAGUUAAGAUUCCAAUCCAUUUAAGUCUAAAAUGAGUUAUUAUGUGUUUUAUUUAUAUACUUUUAUUUAUAUAUAAAGCAUUUUUACUACCUUA